UGGGAGUGCUCUCCCUUGCUAAGCUUGUUUGCAGUAUCAUGAGUAUAGCCGCAGUACUGCUAGCUAGGAGAACUGGUAGUAAGGGAAGGGGAGGGAGAAAACAAUUGAGAAAUACGGGGAAAUGGUCACAUGAACAGAGCAUUUUGGCAGCAUGACAGUUAAAAGGACGCUGUUCCCUUUCAGUGACUAUUCUGAAUAACUAGUUCAUCCAGCUGGCAUCAAAACCACUGUGCAGGGAAACAAGGAGAGUGUUUCACUAUCUUCGCAGACUUUUCCAAGUGUCCCAGCUUCCUUUCUCCGAAGGCUUUUGUGAAGAAAUGCUUCCUAGAUGUCAGCGAGAGAUCAGUGUGUGUCAACAAACCGGGGCUCUGCUAUUAAAGCAUAUACUGGUGAAAUGGAGGAAGAAAAAGCAGAGUUUACAGGAAUUGGUCCUCUCACUGCUGAUUCCCCUCAUACUGUAUCUGGAUAUAAUUGGUGGUUGGUAUAGGCGAUACCCGGCAACACCUUCAGCUGACUUUGGGCGUGCAGAUAAGUUUAAUUCUCGCAGUUAUGGAAUUCAGUAUACACCAGUGACGCAUACUACCAGGCAAAUAAUGCAGCAUGUGGCUUCUGAUUCCUUUUUGAAGAAUGUACAUAUUGUUGGAGAGAACACUGGAGAACAAACAGAGCUGGAAAACACUACUCUGGCAUUCUAUGAAUUUAUAGAAGUUAAAUUUAAUGACGCUUUCUCUUAUGAGUUAGCUUCCCAUUGGCAUUCUGAAUUCCAUUUGCAAAGGGACAAUAUGGAUCAUCAUUCAGGCAGCUGCUCUGGCUCCAUAUUUUAUGACGACAUCACUUGUGCUGUUAGUCAACAGUGGACUUCAGGAUUUGUUUCCCUGCAAGCAAACAUUGACGCUGCUAUCAUUCAAGUUGCAUCAAACCACUCAGUAAUGGAAGAGCUACAAUCAGUCACUGCUGUACAGAUGAGGAUACCUCCCUUUCGUGUUGCAGAAGGCAUUAACUAUGACAUGUUGGUUGUCUGCACUGCAGUGGCAUUCUCUCCACUCAUAUACUUUAUGUCACUCAAUGUGGCAAAAGAAAGGAGGAAGUUUAAGGAGCUGAUGAAGAUGAUGGCGCUCCAGGAUUUAGCCUUCUGGUUCUCCUGGGGUUUGCUGUAUGCAGGCUAUAUUUUAAUUGUGGCAAUUCUACUGACACUUAUCAUGAAAUCUGAUGAAUUUAUAUACCACACCAGCCAUUCUGUGAUGUUCUUCCUCUUUUACCUCUAUGGCAUCUCUUUGAUGUCACUUGCUUUCUUGCUAAACUCUUUGUUGAAGAAACCUAAGCUCACUGGCACAGUUGGGUUCCUCUUCACCCUGUCCUUUGGAAGUCUUGGCCUUGCUGUAUUGUAUAACCAUGUUCCUGAACCUUUGGAAUGGGCUUUAGGUCUCUUCAGUCCUUUUGCUUUCGCGGCUGGAUUUGUGCGGAUUGUACAUUUAGAAGACGCUGUGAAAGGGGUGGAUUUUUCUGACUUUUUGGAAGACUCCUUCCCAAUGUUGGCAGUUUUUUCCCUGUUGGCUUUUGAUGCUCUUCUCUAUUUGAUGCUAGCCAUCUACUUUGACAAAGUUUUGCCUGAUAAAUAUGGGAUGCACCAUUCCCGUUUGUUCUUCCUGAAGCCAUCUUAUUGGUUUAAAAAAAGAAAAAAUUUUGUCAACAAUGAUAUCCUAGACCAUGAAGAAUACAGUGACCAGGUCUUUAAUGAUCAUGUUGAGCAAGUGCCUCCAGAAUUUCGUGGGAAAGAGGCCAUCAGUAUCAACAAUAUUAAAAAAACCUAUAAAGGGAAGGACAAGACAGUGAAUGCUUUAAGAGGUUUAUUGCUUAAUGUCUAUGAAGGUCAGAUCACUGCAUUACUUGGUCACAGUGGAGCUGGAAAAAGUACGCUACUGAACAUCCUUAGUGGACUUUGCCCACCUUCAGAAGGCUCUGCCAUGAUAUUUAAAUACAAAGUAUCUGAAAUGGAGGACUUGGAAGAAAUUAGGAAAAUAAUUGGAGUUUGCCCACAAUUUAACAUUCAAUUUGAAGUUUUAACAGUGAAAGAAAAUCUAAGGAUUUUUGCUAAAAUUAAAGGGAUUCAGCCAAAAGAAGUUGAACAAGAGAUCCAAAAAGUUUUGACUAUGUUGAAAAUAAAAGACAUCCAGGACUGCCAAGCUAGCAGCUUAAGCAGUGGACAGAAAAGAAAGCUCACGCUUGGAAUUGCCAUUUUAGGAGACCCCCAGGUUUUGAUAUUAGAUGAGCCAACUGCUGGUUUGGAUAUCAGUUCCAGAUACCAUGUAUGGAGCCUACUGAAGGAGCAUAAAGCUAACAGAGUAACCCUGUUCAGUACCCAGUUAACGGAUGAAGCUGAUAUUAUCGCUGACCGGAAAGCUUUUAUCUCCCAUGGGAGGUUAAAGUGUGUUGGCUCUUCUCUCUUUCUGAAGAGAAAAUGGGGAAUCGGUUAUCACUUAAGCCUGCACAUCAAUGACUCUUGUGACUCUGCAAAAAUGACAUCUCUGGUCAAGCAGCAUAUUCCCAAUGCUAAGUUAUCUGGGCAGAGUCAUGAAGAACUGAUUUACAUGCUGCCCCUUGAAAAUGUGGAUAAGUUCCCUGAACUGUUCUGUGAGCUAGAUACUCAUGUGUGCCAGGAGAUUCUGAGUUAUGGCAUUUCCAUGACAACCCUGGCUGAUGUGUUCCUGACACUGGAAGAAGAAGCAGCAAUUGAUCAAGCAGAUUAUGGUGUGUUCAGUGAGGAGCAGGCAGAAGAGGAAAGAGACACCUUCUCUCCCGACGAAUUGGAACAAAGUCUCCUGUCACUCUCAGACACUGGAAAGGCGACUGUAAGUGGCACAGCCCUCUGGAGACAGCAAGUCUGUGCCCUGGCAAGAAUUCGCUUCUUAAAGCUAAAGCAUGAGAGUCAAACUAUUAGGUCCAUAUUAUUGGUGUGUGGUCUUCUUAUACUGCCUUUCCUGAUCGCCAAGAUAAUAAGUGAUGGAGAAAUUGUUGCCGUUACGAUGAAGGUUUCACCUCAGAUGUAUUUUCUCCAACCUGGACAGCAGCACUACCAAACACGUCACACCAGCUUAUUGAUCCUCAAUGAUACAGGUUCAGACAUUGAGGACUUCAUCCGGGCUGUGAAAAGUCAGAAUAUAAUGUUGGAAAUAGCUAAUGGGAAAAACAUCUCAGAUGGUCAAGAAUACAAUGGGGCUAUUAAAGUAUCACUUGCAGACAAGCAUUUCAGAUUUUCAGUGAUGUGCCAUGCCAAGAGAAUCAAUUGCUUUCCAGUGCUUAUGAACAUCAUUAGCAAUGCAUUACUAAGAAACUUAAAUUCCACUAGGCAUAUUCAAGCCACGACUAGGAUGUCCCCUAUGAUAUCAUCUGAGCACGGAAUAAGGUUACUUUGGCAUUCCAUUCUUUUCAUGUCUAUUUUAGCUUCUGGUUUGGCACCUCACUUUGCAAUGAGCAGCAUAGGUGAUUACAAGAUAAAAGCUCACUCCCAGCUGUGGACUUCAGGCAUGUUCCCUUCAGCAUAUUGGUGUGGCCAGGCUCUGGUGGACAUUCCUCUCUGCUGUGCUCUUCUCUUCACAAUGACUGGGAUUAUGUUUUUAAUUAAUUAUAAAAUUAGUCUGACUCCUGGAUUAUUAGCCUUACCUAUGGUUGUGUCUAUAUUUGGCUAUGCAGCAUCCAUUGUCGUCCUCACUUAUGUGAUCUCUUUUGCUUUUCGCAAAAAGAAAAGCUACAGUGACCUUUGGGCUUUUAUCUUUAUAUUUGUUUCUUUCGUGCUUAAUGGAAUUUAUUAUAUAAUCCAUGUGAACUUCAUCACGACCAUCCUCACUGCAUUGAUUCCUUUCUAUACGUUAGCUGGCUGUAUGAGAAUAAUUGUGAAGGUGUCGUCAGACCAUUUAUUUAACCCCUGGGAAGAUGAUCAAGAAAUGAUGCUGAGCAAAGGCCACUUGCUUGUUAGCCUGGCACCAUACCUGCACUGUAUUAUUUUUAUUUUCAUUCUGCGAUGUCUGGAGUGGAAAUACGGAAGAAAAACUACGAGAGAGGAUCCAAUCUUCAGAAUUUCUCCAAGGAAAGAGAUCUUCCGCCAAAACCCUGAAGAGUCUGAAGGAGAAGAUGAAGAUGUUCAAGCUGAAAGAAUGAGAUCCAGCAGCGUGAUGACCUGUCAGAACCAGGAAGAGAGACCAAUCCUUAGCGUCAACAGUCUACGCAAGGAAUACAAAGACAAGAAGGCCAGCUCCAUUUUUAAGAAAAGGAAGAAAGUCGCCACAAGAAAUGUCUCCUUUUGCGUUAAAAAAGGUGAGGUUUUCGGGCUACUUGGACCCAAUGGGGCUGGCAAAAGCACAACUCUAAAGGUGAUCAUUGGAGACACAUCCCUAACUGCUGGACAGGUGGUGAUGAAGGGGACAGAUGCAGCUGCUUCUCAACCAGAAGAGGACACAACUGACUUCCUAGGGUACUGCCCUCAGGAGAACCCUCUCUGGCCAAAUCUUACUGUUCAGGAACAUCUGGAGGUUUAUGCUGCUGUGAAAGGGAUGAGAAAAGAAGAUGCUGCUGUUACUAUCAAACGGGUAGUGAAUGCUCUGAAACUUCAGGAGCAUCUUCAAAAACCAGCCAAGAAACUACCGGCAGGAAUAAGCAGAAAGGUAUGCUUUGCACUGAGCAUGCUGGGCAAGCCCAUGCUGGUGCUUUUGGACGAACUGUCGACUGGAAUGGACCCCAUGGGGCAACAUCAUGUGCGGACAGCUGUUCGUGCUGCAUUGAAAAAUAAGAAACAAGGAGUCAUCUUGACAACCCAUUACAUACAAGAGGCUGAGUCAUUGUGUGACCGAGUGGCCAUCAUGGUGUCUGGAAAGCUUCGCUGUAUCGGCUCCAUUCAGUACCUGAAAAGCAAGUUUGGCAAAGGUUACUUGCUGGAAAUUAAAGUGAAGGCCCCAGAACAAGUUGAUCUCAUCCAUGCAGAGAUUACACGAAUCUUCCCACUUGCAGCACGUCAGGAACGGUAUCCCUCUUUGAUGGUCUAUAAGAUACCAAUGGAAAAUGUACAGUCUCUGUCCCAGGCUUUUUUCAAUUUGGAGGCAGCUAAACGUACCUUCGACCUGGAGGAGUACAGCCUUUCUCAGUCCACUUUGGAACAGGUGUUCUUAGAGCUUUCAAGAGAGCAGGAGAAAGAGGAUUUUGAUAUGAAUCUGGAUAGUACAGCAGAAUGGAAACUCCUUCAGCAGGAUGAUAACUAAAGCUCUGCACCACAGUCCUAUAUCUCUGCUACAAACAAUAUCUGCAUGUACAAUUACAUACUACGUUAUAUCCAGUACUAACAUUGUAUUAUGGUAAUGUCAGGAGAGGAAAGUUCAGCCAGUCAUCAUGAAAACUAUUUUUUGAUUAAUUACAUUUGGCUAUGGCUACAUUUCCUUUUGGAGCAAAGAAUAUGUUCUGAGACACAUGGGCCAAGGACCAAAAAUGGGGUUGGCCGCCAAUAACAGAAGAUGAGGGAGCUCACGGGCAAAAUCAGUCCAAUUUCAAUACAUCUGCAGUUGCAAAUACGAGAAAAGCAGAACAGAAUCUUAAAAAGCCAUCUGCUCAGAAAUUUGAACUGAGAUCCCUUUUGUCACACAAAUCACACAAAACACAUUACAGAGUUUUCAGUUAAAUACUGGUGGUGAAGUGACGACAUGCAUAAACCUGUCAGCAGGGAUUCAUGUAUUACAGGGAUGAACAAAUGUACAGGUGAUUGGAUAUACUGGGCCUGAUUUUGCUUUCUUAGUAGAUUGAUUAUGAUUUUAGUCCUCUGGCUGCAGCUGAGUUAUUUAGAUUUGCAUCAGUGAGACUGAUAAUCUCUGUCUCUUUCUGUAAGUGUCCUGAGUUUUUUCACCUUAUGGAUAGAGGGAUCUCUCAACAAUGGAGCAACACACUUAACAGUACAGCAAUAGUGUCAUCUCUCUCGGUGAGACGAAGUGCUUAUAUGGGACUAGAAUGAACAAUCUUCUGCCGCGGAGAUGUGAUUGCUAUUAACUGAGUCUGAUGCUUUUACACUGUUAUCAGCAAUUUGCCAGAGUGAUCUCAUUAUUGGAGUAUUCUUUAUAUUAUUGGACCUUCAGGUUACUUGCUAUGAGACCUGUUAAAUAUAUGAAGAAGAAAAACAUUCUCCUCUUGAAUGUUAAUGGUAGUACUGUUUUGCUGUUCCUUUACGUGCCAAAAGGACAUCAGCAGAAGAACAGAGCUGAUGUCAGAGAGAGAUUCUGUCUCAUCAGCAUUAUUUGUAGGAGACAAAGACAAUGACAAAAAAAUUAGAAAGCAAUGCAAUACUACUGGUAGUUCUUGUGUAUGAGUCAUUGAUAAAGUACAAACUCCAACUUCACAUGGUUUACAGGUUUAGUGAAUAAAAUCCUAAUAGCUGUAUGCAUCAACUGGAAUUGCUACAUGUCAGGGACUUUCUAGAUUUCUCACUACUGCUGGAACCUUAAAUAGCUGCAACAGCCAGAAACACCAUCCUCCAUCGGUACCUAGCAACAGCUCCUUUGAAUCAUGACACACAUGUGGCCUCUAAGCUUGACUGUUGCAAUGGACUGAACCCGCUAAGCAGAGUGACAUUCUGACCCCCAAACCAGUGCGUGCGCUCGAAGUGCGCUGAUGGCAGUAACUAAUACACCUCAGUCCGCCAAGGGGUGGAGUGUAGGGGCAAGGUUGCGGAAGAUUGGCGAGGAGCUAAGGGGUGGACUGAGUAUGUGACUGGAUGUAAGCGGAGGAUGCAGGCAGUUUCAAUGAACUUUGUCCGACAGACCCUGCCAAAAGACAUUGUAGCAUAGCUCAGCAUAUUUUUGCCUGUAAAUAAGUCAGUUUAAGUAAUAAGCAUAAAUCCUAUAUAUAAGAAUGUAACCAGCUGUUGACCCCAUGUAACUCCGAAAUAAGCGCGGAGAAUAUAGCGCCGCAGAGGACUCCCUGCUGGUGGAGUCCUGCCUGGUCAGCUGUCCCGAACGGCCAGAGUCCCCUGCAGCCCCUCCGCGUGUCCUAGGGGCUCCCCGCGCAGAUUGGAGCUUAAGUUUUUCCUUCCUUCAAUAAAGCAUAGUUUACUAUUCUUAGA